AUGCCCCGACGUGAUCUUGUUAGGAUAGUACUGGUCGGCGAUGACGGUGUGGGGAAAUCAUCCAUAAUAACUUCAUUGAUCAAAGAAUCAUUCGUCAAUAACGUCCAACAUGUCGUACCGGAAGUGACGAUACCGCCAGAAGUAACACCUGAGAACGUAACUACUUCUAUAGUGGAUACUUCAUCGAAUCCAAGAUCAAGGGCACAUCUUUUAUCGCAACUCAGUAGGGCACAUGUGAUAUGUUUGGUUUAUAGUAUAUCAGAACCAACCAGUUUUGAUAGAGUAGCGGAAUAUUGGUUACCUCUUUUCAGAAGAGAAGGUAUAAAUAUACCGGUCAUUCUAGUUGGUAAUAAGAUCGAUCUGAGAGGUGGACAAGUGACGAAUCAAGGAUUAGAAGAUGAGAUAGCACCUAUCAUGAGAGAGUUUAAGGAGGUCGAAACGGUCGUUGAAUGUUCUGCUUUGUUACCACUGAAUGUUUCCGAGGUAUUUUACUUUGCUCAAAAAGCGGUAUUGCAUCCUACAGCACCACUGUAUGAUUCGAGAGAACAUGCACUCAAACCAAAAUGUCUUGAAGCACUGAAACGAAUAUUUACGAUAUCAGAUGUAGAUAAAGAUGGUCUGCUGAAUGCUGUAGAAUUAAACCAAUUCCAGCAAAAAUGUUUUUCCACGCCACUCCAAUACCAAGAGCUUGAAGGUAUACUUGAUCUUGUUCGGUCCUAUGAUUCUGCUGCAGUUCUUCCAGUCCCCACCUACUCUGUUCCCUCGACACCCCUGCCGCGCGAUUCAAGUUAUGGUCAACUGGGUCAAUCACCUCCUCCUCUUUCUCCCCCAGGUGAAGGUAUAACGGAGUUAGGAUUUCUGUAUCUUCAUACGAUAUUUAUACAACAAGGUAGAAUGGAAACCACUUGGACUGUAUUGCGGAAGUUUGGUUAUGGUGAAGGAUUAGAUUUGAGGGAAGACUUCUUGACGCCCAGAUUUGACGUACCUUACGACUGUUCGGUCGAAUUAUCACCACUGGGUAACCAAUUCUUGACGGAUAUAUUCGAAGCAUACGACAAAGAUCAAGAUGGAGCAUUAUCACAAUUUGAACUAGAUGAUUUAUUCUCAACGUCACCUGGUAACCCAUGGUUAGCACAAGGAUUCCCAGAUACGACGAUAACAGAUGAUAUGGGUCGAGUGACUCUGCAAGGAUGGUUGGCACAAUGGUCAAUGACAACUUUACUCGAUCAUCGUACGACAUUGAAUUACCUUGCAUACCUCGGAUAUUCUUCUUCUCCAGCGACAGAUUUACCCACACCUACGGCAUUACAUAUAACGAGACCAAGAAAACAAGAUCGAAGACAGAAAAAAGUGACAAGAUCAGCUUUCCUAUGUUACGUUUUAGGAGCUACAGGAUCAGGAAAGACUAGUCUGUUGAGAUCAUUCGUGAAUAAAGGUUUCAGAGGUGGAGAUGAUGGAAUGGGUGGUUAUGAGCCUACUACCAAAGUACUGAGUGUUGUCAAUUCAGUGGAAAUUGAAGGCGCAGAAAAAUACUUAGUGCUGCAAGAGUUUGGAUCUAAAUACGAAUCAGAAACAUUACGCAAUUCCAAAAAGCUGGACAUGGCCGAUGUGAUAAUAUACGUGCAUGAUUCGAGCGAUACGAAUUCGUUUUCGUACAUAUCCAACCUGAGGCAACAAUAUUCACUAGAUCAUAUUCCAGCAAUAUUUGUCGCGACCAAAUCGGAUUUAGAUUUAGCACAACAACGUCACGAAGUACAACCUGAUGUUUAUUGUAGACGUUUGGGUUUACCUGCUCCAAUGGCAGUCAGCGCUAGAUUAGGUCCAAUGACAAACCUCUGGGUCGCAAUUACCAGGGUAGCAUUAAACCCAACAACAUCGCUCGCUCGAGGUCCAUCGUCAACUAUGUCGCCUGCUCAGAGAGUAAGGAUGAUCGCCUCGAUAACGGUCGCAACAACUACCUUCACAGCUGUGUUAGGGGUAUGGAUGAGGUAUCAAGGAUACACAUUUAGGGGUAUAUGGGGCUGGAUAGGGAGAAUGAGUGGCUUAGGAAGGAGCCAAUAG